UCUCUCUCUCUAUGUGCCGUGCCAUGUCCUUUCAAGGCGUGGGCGAUCAUGGCUUUCCACAGCUUCCUUUCCUUUGUUCUUUUUAGCAUUUCUUUCGUUCUCCCUCUUUGUCCUUCAGGUACAUGUUCUGCCAUCCAUGUGCUCAAACUAGUCAAGUACUUUAUCAGUGGUCCUCUUCUGCUUUUCUUCCCUUCAAUGCUUCCCGUGAGAGAAAUUCUCCAAACUUUCUUUCCUCAUAACAUGCCCCAAAAAUUCCAACUGCCACUUUCUAACUGUUGGCAGUAGUUUCCUUUCAGUUCCUAUUUCCUUUAGAAAUUCUUCAUUUGUAACGUGGUCUGUCCAUGGAAUCUUUAACAUGCGCCGGUAAAACCACAUUUCAGCUGCUUCAAGUUUGCUCCUAAUAUGUGCUGAAAUUGGCCAGCAUUCAAUUUUCUGGUUCUUAUAAAAAAAGAGUGUUUAAGGCAGACAUUGUGGUGUCAGGGUGGGGGCUUAUUCUAGGAUUGCGGUUUAUUAUCAAUUUUUAAUUCACGGACGAGGGGGCUUAUAGAAGGGGGCAAGUUCGAGGGUUUGUCGUAUUUCGACAAGUUACCUAUCUCGUUUCCAAACUUACAAACGAGGUCAAGUACCUGCUAAAAAUGUCAACAAUGACAGCAACAACACCAAAUGAGCGGAAGAACUUUAUGUAAAUGAGUCCAUGUUGCAAAGAAAAAAAAAGUUACAGUUUAUCUUUGGACAGGAGAGAAAUAAUGAGGCAGUACAGGGGAAAAUAACAUUUUAGGUGAAAACUGGCAAAAAGCAACCCAUAUGCUCAAAGCAUUAUGGAUCACUCGGAUAUUGAGGAAAGUCCAAGUGAGCAACAAUUGAAAGAACACCGUAAAAAAUGGAGAGUCACAUGCAACUGGUUACCCAAAAGAUAUUUGCUGGCAAUCCUCAGCUUUUUAGGGUUCCUAAAUGUCUAUUCAUUACGUGUCAAUCUAAGUGUUGCCUUAGUUGCCAUGAUUUCAAAUAAAACAAUAACAAAUUCUUCUGGCCAUGCCCUUUUUACAGAGCCAGCAGAAUUUUCGUGGAACACAAAAGAGCAAGGUAUUAUCCUGAGCUCUUUCUUUUAUGGUUACAUCAUCACUCAAAUACCUGGUGGAUAUCUUGCAGCCCAUUUUGGUGGGAAAACCCUUUUUGGUGGAGGUAUUCUAAUGACAGGACUGUUUACAUUGCUAACACCAUUAGCAGCAAGAAUAAGUAUGCACCUCCUCAUAGCUGUUAGAGUGUUGGAAGGAUUUUUUGAGGGCGUCACUUUUCCAUGCAUGCAUGCAAUUUGGAGCAGAUGGGCUCCACCAAUGGAAAGAAGCAAGCUGUCAUCAAUAUCUUUUUCAGGACCAUUUGCUGGAACGGUUUUUGGAAUGACAUUGUCAGGAGCGAUAGCGCAUAACCAUGGCUGGCCCGCUGUUUUCUAUUUCUUUGGCCUCCUGGCAAUUAUUUGGAGUGUGUUUUGGUUUUGGAUGGUUACUGAUUCUCCUUUCGAUCAUCCUACGAUUACAGAUAAGGAACUUGAUUAUCUCAAACAGGAAUUAUCAGAAGAUAAGACCGAAUCUAAACUAACAACGGUUCCAUGGAAGGAGUUGCUCACAUCUGUCCCCGUGUGGGCAAUUAUAAUCGCACAUUUUACAGAGAACUGGGGCUAUUACACACUACUUACGUCACUUCCGACUUAUCUUAAGCUGAUGCUAAAGUUUGAUCUACAGAAGACGGGAUUUCUCGCCUCUUUUCCAUAUCUGGUCAUGAUCAUAGUUGUUCAGACGGGGGGACGUCUUGCAGAUUUUCUACGGUCUUCAGGAAGAAUGUCGACCACUUCCGUUAGAAAGCUUUUCAACACGUUAGGGUUCAUGUUCCAAGGCAUUUUCAUGAUAGUCGUUGGGUACAGUACAAGCAAAUACAUGGCCAUGUUUGCUUUAGUCAUGGCUGUCGGAUUCGGUGGCCUUGCAUGGAGUGGUUUCAUUGUCAAUCAUCUCGAUAUAGCACCGCGCUAUGCAAGCCUCCUUCUUGGAAUCAGCAACUGUUUCGCUACCAUUCCAGGAAUUGUCAGUCCUCUUGUUGUUGGAUUCGUCACUACACACGAGACUAAAGAAGAAUGGCAAAUAAUAUUCUUCCUGUCAGCGGCAGUUUACGGGCUUGGAACUGUGGUUUUCCUGAUUUUUGCCUCCGGUAAGAAGCAGCCAUGGGCUGAUCCGAAUGGGUACCAAAGUAUUUCUGAAGACAACGAUGAUAAAGACAUGUUGCUGAAAGAGGGAAUCGAGGAUCAGAAAGGCACCCCAUCGGCUGCAAAUGAAACGGAUGAGAGGCAAGAACCAGAAUCUCUAGAAAUGAAGGGAAUUUUGAAUUAAAUAGUGAUAAUUUUUAAAUAUUUAGUUAUUUGCGUAAGUAGGUUUAUCUCUUUAUCUUAAAUAGCUGGAGAUGGGGGAAUCAUUCGAGCAGUGAUGUGUCCAAAUAUUAUUAUUAGAAUGAAUACAGAAUGCAAUUUAAUAAAUACCAGUGUAAGGAUCCUGGUCAUAGACUCUUUUUCACAGAACCAGUUAAUUAAUGUUCAGGCUGGCUGUUUUUGUUUUUUUCGAAAAUUCGAGGCUGGAUUUUUCUUAGUUUGUUCUUUAAUUAUUAGGUUGUAAACAGUGCAAUUGCUAGCUAGUGAGCACUAGGGGGGUUUCAGGUUCGUUUACCAAAAAACUGAGUAAGACAUCCUUUGUUUGCCGAUAAUUUUACCGAAAAGCACCCCUAAUAUAGCAAAAAACUCCUCGUUUUUGAGAUCAAAGUUUAAAGGGGGUUUCACAACAUUGUUAAAAACUGUAUUUUGCAGUAGCUCAGCCUCACCUUGUUCUUGAUUUGUUCUCAACUCGUGACCAAUUAUGAGGCUCGUGUUUUAUAAAAUUUUUUUAUAAAAAAGAGUGCGAAUUUUUGGUUGAAAAGGUGACUGAGAACUUAGGAGAAAAUGCAUGCUUAACGAUCGAGAAAACAAAGGCCUCUCUCCAAACUGAUGAUACAUUCGAGUAGUUAAAGAGAAUAGAAAAUAAAUCAGUUAUCAACCCCCGGGUAAACAAUUCCAAAUUUUCGUAAUUGUGAAUAAGCGCUGUCUCCAUUAAUUGUGGGAGCUAAUAAACUCCCUAGUGUUUGUUAGAGUAAAGGUGGUAGGAUGCAAGCUGAAUAAUUUCAUUUCUAGUUACGUUAAUGUAGUGGUCCUCUAAGACCACAAUAUUUAUUUUUAAACGGAAUUGCAUCGUUAUAGCAAAUAGAAAGAAUAUAAUUCGUAUUUGUAAGGGUAUUUGUAUUAUUAAAGCAAUUUUCUUUCAAAUGUAUAGUAUCAGUGUUUAUGUGGUCAAACUAUACACUACACCAGUGGGGAUGUACAAAAUUAGAUAUUUUCUUUUUCAUU